CUCUCUCUCGCUCUCGCUCUCUCUCGCUCUCUCUCUCUCUCACACACACACUGACACAAACAAAAUCAGACGCAGCGAUGGAGAAAGGCGAGAGAUCAAUGGCGGAGCAAGAUACAGAGGAAUCGCACGACAACAUGGCCCACCACGUGGCAGUCCCGCCCGGGUUGACCCAGGACGAGUUCGACGAGUUGAGGCGGUUCGUGACCGAGUUCCACACCUACGGAAUCGGCACCGGCCAAUGCUCUUCCCUACUCGCACAGCGCAUCAACGCGCCCCUACGCACCGUGUGGUCCGUCGUUCGCCGCUUCGACAAGCCCCAGGCCUACAAGCACUUCAUCAAGAGCUGCGAGGUCGGCGACAACUUUAGGAUGACCGUCGGGUGCACCAGGGACGUGAAUGUUAUCUCCGGGCUACCGGCUGCCACGAGUACGGAGAGGCUGGACAUACUGGACGAUGACCGGCUCGUCACGGGGUUUAGUAUUACCGGCGGGGAGCACCGGUUGAGGAAUUACCGGUCGGUCACCUCGGUGCACGAGGUGGAGCACGACGGGAAGAUCUGGACCGUUGUUUUGGAGUCCUACGCUGUGGAUGUUCCCGAGGGGAACACCGAGGAGGACACGCGUCUGUUCGCGGACACCGUCGUGAAGUUGAAUCUCCAGAAGCUGGCGUCAGUCGCCGAAGGGAUAGCCCGUGACGGUGACGGUAGGUGAUUGAAGAAAAAUCUCACAGUUACAAAAAAAAAAAAAAAAAAAAAAAAAAAAAAAAAAAGAGGAAAGGAUAAAAAUGGAAAUCCUCCCAUUUUCUUCUUUAAUUUGUGUUUGUUCUGAAUUGAGUUCUGUCAGCAAUGUUUUUAUUUUAUUUUUGGUUUUAACACGAGCUGCGAAAUUACGGGAAUAUCCUUUCCUUCGAACAUGGCUUGGCCGGGCUGCCCACGUCAUUCCACGAGGCUGUGUGAUAAUUAUAUGCGCUACGUUGGAGUCGCGGAAAGACGGCCGGGGUUUCAGUCCAAUGCACGUGUACAGAAAAUGUUGAGGUGAGGAUAUCGAUGUCUUUUUUGUAUUCUGUGAAUAUUAUUUUGCUUUUGGAAAUUUGGGUGACGAUCUCAUCUCAACCUGGGAGUUAUUAUUAUUAUUAUUAUGCCUUUCAAAUUUCCUUCAA